CAGGGGCGGUGUUUUCCGGCUGCGGGCUGUCGAGCCUUGAGUCCCACCUGUGUCCCCACAGCCCUGUCACGAAUCCCGGUCGGGUUCAGGGAGGGACCGCCUCGGCGUUGUGGGCCGGGUGUGGCUCGGCGGUGGAGGACUCUCAAUUCCUGCUCCAUCCCCGGCCGCGCCCCGGGGCGGUGAGUGAUGCGGGGAAGGAGACCGCGGCGGUAGCCUGGGAGCUGUUGAGGGGCGUGGAGGGGACUCGCCCUCCGCCGCGAUGUGCUCCCUGCCAGGUCCCCGCGCUCGCCUUUCGGAGCCCGCGGCGUUUGCUGAAGAGUGGGGAGAGGUGGCUGCGGCUUUCUGUGCCGUCGUCGGGAGAGCCCAUCCUCUCGACCAAUGUUCUUUCUCCUCCGAGGUGGUCUCCGGGCUUCAGCUCAGUGCUUGUGACCCUGUGACCGCGGCGCCCUGAUUAGGGCCUCGAGCACUGCCCGGGGAGGGCGGGAGGGACGGGUGUCGGCCCACCCGUGCCGUCAUGUCCCUAUUAAUAACCCAGCGAACAAACUGGUGCUGCUCACAAUGGCCCUUAGUCACAGCACCUCUGCGCCCUGGGGCCUGCGGGGUCACCUGUCGGGGUGGGGGUGGGGGCAGGAGACGGGGCGAGAAAUAAGGUUUCUGGGACGGUGGCUGCGAACUCCCUCCCCGUCAGUCCCGCUGACUCCUGCAAGUGGGCUUAGCAGUUGUGUUUCCGAAUGGACGUGGAAAUAAAAUUUAUGCUCAAAACUUACUUCCUAAUGACACUGUUUUAAUCUGGAGAGAUGAAAUGUAUCCCUGCGAUGUUUAGGUCCUUAAAAAUUCAGUACUUUAUAAUGACCAAUACCAAUGUGUGGAAAUGUGUAAAUAUUUCCGUGAAAAGUGUGUCUUCUCCUCGCACCCAGGUGCUUUGAUGGGCGAGACAAAAAACCCAGGAAGAGUUAAGCUUCCUCACUCCAGUCUGGUCCAUCCUCCACUGAAAUGCAGAAUUUUUUGUAGCAGGUUCAUCUGGCUGACUUGUGUUUGUUUCUAUUGGAAACUCUUUAAGCCACUCCCUCCCCCCAAAAAACCCCACAAAAGACCCCAAAACAAAACUAAAAAAAGCCCAUUAUAUUUCUUUGUGACUCCUAAUGCCUUACAACAUAUUGCUGAAUAAAUUACUGAUCCAUCCAGUAAUCUGACCAACACCCUCCAAAUAAUUUUUUCUUGAUACUGCUGUCAGUUUUAUCAAUGUGUUGAUGAUUGUUUUCAGGCCCCAUGGAUUUGUUUGUAUGUGUGUGUGUGUGUGUGUAUGUGUGUGUGCUUAUCUUCGUUAAAUUUUACUUUAUUUUACAGCUUACCCAGGUCUUUUUAAAUCUCAUUUCUGAUUCCAUUAAACCUUGAAAUAGAAUGGUACCCCGGGUCGUUGGCUUUGGGGUUCUGUGUAGUCUGUUCCUUGAAGUUGACACCAAAUCUACAAGCCAGGAAAAGUCAGCUGCUCCAUAACUAAUACAAGUAGAACGAAGUCCACAAUCUCCUAGGUUGCUGAGGAAAAUGUCGCUGGAGAGCUUUUCACAAAUCAAGUCAUCCCCACAUAUUCUCUUUGUUUAUCUGGUCCAUCAUGGACAAGUUAAUCCUCAAAAAGCUCAUGUUUCCAAAGACUGUGGAUUCUGUAGAUGUGUUUGGGAGCUCCAGGCCUCACUUCGUGAUGUGCGUGUUGGCCAAGGGAAGGAUGAUGUAGAAACAACAAGAAAAGCAACUCCUCCGUGGUUGACAGAAUUACCUCAUUGCUAUUCUAGGCGGGGGGCGGGGGGUGAGGGGUGGGGAAAGUGGUCUCUUUGGGUACACUGGUGGCCACUGGGGCUGUCUUUUGGUUUUGAGACAAUGAUUAGAAUGUCCAGAGAGCUUUUGAUGCAUACUGAGGUCUCUUGCUUUAGGAACUUAUGACUCUCAAUGAUGUGGCUGAGGACUUCAGGGAAGAAUGGGUUACCUGGACACCGCUUAGAGAAUCCUCUUCAGGGGUACCACCCAGCACAGUUAGAAGAAUGGGCUCUCAAAGGACUUGCCGGUACAGGUGUAAUCUCCCAGCUGGAGCAGAAGGAAGAGCCGUGGGUGCUACCACUACAAAACUUCGAGGCAAGGAAGAUCGUAAGGGAAAGUCACACGGACUUUGAGAAUCAGGUGACAAAACUCAAUCAGGACAUUUCAGCAAUAGCAGAACGAUGUGGAGCAUCUUCAGAAAGGGCCAAUAAAGAUGGGCCUCCUAGAUGGGGAGAAAACUGGGAGAGGGACCUUGAAUUCGAAGGGCAACAUGGAACCCUACCAGGAGAGGGCCAACCGGAGCCCCUUCCACAGGAGAAGGAUUUAAACAAGCUGCUGGACGGAUAUGUCGGAAAGAAGCCUGUGUGCGCAGAAUGUGGAAAAAGCUUCAACCAGAGCUCCUAUCUCAUAAGACACCUGAGAACCCAUACUGGUGAGAGGCCUUAUAAAUGCAUCGAGUGUGGGAAGGGCUUCAAACAGAGUUCAGACCUUGUCACCCAUCGCAGAACGCACACAGGAGAGAAACCCUACCAGUGCAGCGGGUGUGAGAAAAAAUUCAGCGACAGCUCUACGCUCAUCAAACACCAGAGAACCCACACAGGUGAGAGACCCUAUGAAUGCCCAGAGUGUGGAAAGACCUUUGGGCGGAAGCCACACCUCAUAAUGCACCAAAGAACCCACACAGGAGAGAAGCCCUAUACGUGUCUCGAAUGCCAUAAAAGCUUUAGUCGAAGCUCAAACUUCAUCACCCAUCAGAGGACCCACACGGGAGUGAAGCCUUAUAGGUGUGGUGAUUGUGAGGAAAGUUUUAGCCAGAGCUCAGACUUGGUUAAGCACCAACGAACCCACACAGGGGAACGGCCCUUUAAGUGCCCAGAGUGUGGGAAGGGCUUUAGAGAUAGUUCUCACUUUGUAGCGCACAUGAGUACUCACUCAGGAGAAAGGCCUUUCAGCUGUCCUGACUGCCACAAAAGUUUCAGUCAGAGCUCACACCUGGUCACGCACCAGAGGACACACACAGGGGAGAGGCCGUUCAAGUGUGACAGCUGUGAGAAGGGAUUCGCCGACAGCUCUGCCCUCAUAAAGCACCAACGGAUCCACACGGGGGAAAGACCCUACAAAUGUGGUGAGUGUGGGAAGAGCUUCAACCAGAGCUCCCAUUUCAUUACCCAUCAACGGAUCCACUUAGGAGACAGACCCUAUCACUGUCCCGAGUGUGGCAAAACCUUCAAUCAGCGUUCCCAUUUUCUCACACACCAGAGAACACAUACAGGAGAAAAACCUUUCCACUGCAAUAGAUGUGACAAGAGCUUCCGUCAGAAAGCGCAUCUCUUAUGCCAUCAAAAUACCCAUUUGAUCUCGGAAAAUGGUCUGUAGUGGUUCUUCUGCCCUUUUUCAGAUUUUCAUUUCUGCUGCCUCCCGGUGCUUCAUGUAGAGAAAGCCUGAACAUGGACAUCAGUGGCUCAAGCUGGGCCUUUUCCUACACUUUAAUGGUGAGGAUAAACCCAUAGGCUGCAAAUAAUGUUCUGAAUACAAAAGGCAUUCCUUCAGUGUUUUUAACUGACCUUAUGGAAACGUGAGUUUGGCAGUUGAUGCUUGAUUACGGAAAGAGGAGUGAGAUACGUGGGGCCACAUUAUCACUAUUAGUGAUUAAUAUUUGAGCUCUUAUAAGCCCUUAAUACUAAAUAACACCGGGCCCUUAAAAAGUCCUCAAUACCUUUAUUAGCCUUAUGAUUCACUAAGGAAUUCAUUAACACAGCCCUACAAGGCCAGAACUCGCGAGCAAUUAGAUUGCAGCUAGAGGAUUUGGGCCGUGAACACAAAGAUGUAAUAAAGCAGAAAACACUCUCCCUAUCCAGUGCCAUGCAGACGUUAGUCACCAGAUGUCUCAUCGCCGUGACAAGGCAGAAUUCUCCUAGAGGAUGUUUGUGGUCUUGUGACUUCAAGGCUGAGAGAAUUUCAGAAGCUCUUUGCACAGCAGGGUAUGAGGUACUCCCACUGGAGCCUUGCUGCCAUUGGAGGCAUAGAAAAUACCCCACAUUCAACAAGCCAGAGGAGGCUGGAGAGGACUAUAAAACUGUGGAAGCAAAACCGCUGAGAUGCUAAAUAUUACCAGGGUCGUUCCGGCAUUUAGCUGAAGGAAACAGCUCCUGUUUCUAAUCACCUGGUUCGUGGGCCCUGUAGUUUUACGUUAACGCAAGCCUGAUUUUUUUUAGAUUAAUCAUUUUAUGCACUAGCACAUUCCUAUAUUUAGCAGAAAUAAAUUGAGGGAAGGCAGUGUGUUGGAAAGAACACUGACUGCAUUGAGAAGGUGAGGUGUUUGAGCGCUGGCCCUGACAUUUAAUUUGGCCGGACUUUACCUCCCCUCAGCCUCUACCUUACCUACCUCACAAGGUUGUUGUGAGGAUCUAACGCGCGCACGCACACACACAAGCACUUUGUUGUUAAAUUAUAAAGUCAUGAUGUCUGUAAA